AUGAAGAGGAGUAAGAUGAAUCCUGAAGAAGUAAGGAAAGUUGGAAUGGACGAUUCGAAAAGGACUCCUCCUGGACAUAACCCUGGCGGCGUACUUCAUCAGCGUCGGAAAUUACCUUAUAGCACCACAACAAUGGCUAUUGGAGGUUUCUUACUUACGGGAGCUAUCUUUUAUGGUGUUCUUUAUACGAAGAAGAAACCUGAAGCUGAUGCUAUUGAUGUUGCUAAGGUUGCUACCGGCGUUGCUUCGCCGGAGGAUACUCGUCCUAAAGCCUAG